AUGGCCCGUAACAGACAUACCGAUGAUAUUCUGAAUGUCAAUGUUGGCGGUAAACGUUAUACAGUUCGGCGGACCGAUCUACUGGCAGAUCCGAAAAGUAAACUAGCAGAAUGGUUCAAACCUGGUACUGUCAAACAAAUUUCUACUGACAAAGGAGGCAAUUAUUAUCUGGAUCGUGAUCCAAAAUCUUUUCGACAUAUCCUUGCAUAUCUUCGACUAAAGAAAGAAAAAUUUGUUCUAUCACUGGCAUUACCUGCAAAGCCGGAUGAUUUGGCAAAGUUGGUUGCUGAAUGUGAAGCACUGAAUAUGAUUGAGCUAAAAAAUUUAGCACUUAAUGUUUUACAAAAAUACCAGCGUACGGAGGAACAGCACUAUGUGACAAGUUAUGUACAAAUUGCUCUUCGCGAUUACGAAACAUGGCAGUUUGAUCAUGAAGAGAGUACCACAAACAAGAAAGGUAAAGGAGGAAGCGCGGAGAUAACAUCGGCAGUUACGUCAGCUUACGAUGAAUGGGACAAUAUGUGA